CAAAACCAACAACUUCCACGGGCCGCCUCUCUAAGAAGAUGCAUCUUCUUUCUCUCCCUCUGCUGGUCUUUCUCCUAUUUUCCAGUGCUGAAGCCGGGGAGAUCAUCGGGGGCACAGAGUGCAAACCACACUCCCGCCCCUAUAUGGCCUACCUGGAAAUUGUCACUCCUCAAGGUCACCUGACAACUUGCGGUGGCUUCCUGAUAAGACGAAAUUUUGUGCUGACAGCUGCUCACUGUGCAGGAAGAUCUAUAACAGUUAUGCUAGGAGUUCAUAACAAAAAAGAGAAAGAAGACACAUGGCAGAGACUUGAGGUCGUAAAGCAAUUCCCUCAUCCAAAAUAUGAUGACAUUUCGCUUCGCCAUGACAUCAUGUUAUUAAAGUUAAAGGAGAAAGCCAACCUGACCCUGGCCGUGGGGACUCUGCCCCUCCCAUCCCAAUUCAACUUCAUCCCACCUGGGAGAAUGUGCCGGGCAACUGGCUGGGGAAGAACAAAUGUGGAGGAACCCUUGUCUGGCAGUCUGCAGGAGGUGAAGCUGAGACUCUUGGACCCCCAGGCCUGCAAACACUUCAGAAGCUUUAAACACAACCCCCAGCUAUGUGUGGGCAAUCCCAGGAAGACAAACUCUAUAUACAAGGGAGACUUUGGGGGGCCCCUUUUGUGUGCUGGGAUAGCCCAGGGCAUUGCAUCCUAUGUAAAUCAGAAUGCAAAGCCGCCUGCCGUCUUCACCCGAAUCUCCCAUUACCGACCUUGGAUCAACAAGAUCUUGAAAGAGAAUUAACCCAGGAUCCUGGGUCAGCCUGAGGAAAUCUGGAACUGGAGAUGAGCAGGUUCUCUGUGUCAUUCACUCUGGCCCAAUCCAUGUUCCUGCUGAAGUCCUGCCACAUCCCUGAGCAUCCAAAAUCUUCCUACAGGUCGCAAAACUCACAAUAAAGACCUAGAAUCCA